AGCCAUUUUGUCUACACUGAGGCACAAACAAACAAGAAGGGCUUUAUGCACCUGCACCUUUGAUAAAAUAGAGAAGGCUGUUGCGUUAUCGCAUGCACAAACAACAGCGAACACACGCACACAUAACCUCCAAAUAGACACAUACACGCGCACGCUAAUGCUUCUUUUCCAUUGAAGCUCUUCGCAACACUAUCGGGCAACGUAUUAAUACUGCUGAUAUUUGUGGCAACAUCACGAGGCACAACAGUACAAAACAAACUCAUAGAAAUCAACGAAAUCACGACCAUCUAGAACAAUCGGUUGCUGCCUUGGAAAACUCCUUCUUUUUCUUUCUCGAAGAACAUAAUUGACUAGAAUAAUCAUGGCUACUUCUUCCAACACUACGACCGUGGUGCCGAGCUUCGCCACUGUUACCUUGGCGUUCUCAGAGAGUGACCCCGCUGUAGUGCCAGGCGCAGCCGCCGGUGCGAUGGAACCAAAGACGAUGCGCGUACCGAUUUCCUCACAAACGACCGUUCGCGAACUCGCGAAGGGGGCGAUGGCUCGCUACAUGUUUUCACUGCGUCGCACCGCCAAGAGCACCGACCUCGUCGCUCGCCAGCUGUUUCGCACCGGUAUUGUGGUGACGGAUGUUCACCUACGCAGCUUUCAGGACACGACGGAGUUGGCCAACAAAGCAGACGAGUCUUUGACCACGCACGACAUCGAAUCACAACUGCCUCCCUGCAGGAUUGAGCUGUUCUCCGAUGACUGUGUGGUGCACGUAGUACAGGUGAGGGAGGAGGUGGUAUACAUGCGCUUUAAGGCCGCAACGGAAAGGUCGCGCAAGAGGAAAGGUGAGCGGCUGGACCCUACAUCCAAGAGCGCCACUUCGCCCAUGGUAGAGGUAGAGGACACAACUGACCGUGACAGCAAGACGCAUUCAUCGAAUGUGACUCCAUCGGCGGUCCAGCCGGUGCCCGACGCAGACAGCUCGCGUGCCAUGCCCGCCGAGGAUUCCACCGCGGCCAGUCUCUCCACCGAUGACGAUGUCGUGUGCGUGAGCGGAGCGGAGAAGGGGGCCGGCAAGGGUGGCAUAUCCAUACCCAUGCCGUUGCCACCGUUCGGCGUUGCACCAGUCGCGGCCGCUCUUCUCAAUUACGCCACCACUUCGAAAAAGACCUGUGAGACGUCGUUGGGGUGCGAUGUGCGUCCCAGUGCCUCUUCUCCCUCUACCGCGGACGACAAAGAAGACGACGAGGACGAUGUGGAAGCUUCGACGUCAAGCGAGCGGGACGACAGCGAAGCAGAACUGCUGAGCAUCGCUCGGUCCAUCGCUACGCUGCGGCAGGAUGAAACGCGCCGCAUGCCGUGGGGGCCGGAUGCGUACAAGCACUUUGCCACCAACUACGUGAACAGUCCCCAAAAGAUCAUGACAGGGCGCUACAACUCCUACAAGCACCAGCUGCCGCCCCCUUCGGUGAAGCUGCAUCAUAACCAGUCAGCACCGAAGACCGUGAGGUCCCCCCAUGCAGGAAUGGUCGCGAUCAAGGAACUGAACAAGCCAGCAAAAGAGCCACCGGUGAAGCAACGCCGGGAAGAAAAGGUGGAGGGGGGUGCUCCUCUCACGAGCAGCCGUAUCGAGGAAAUCAGUAGUUGCGACGACUCACAAGUCAGCGUUAUGCUGAGCUGCGGUUCAAGCAGUCGGAGCAUCACACCCAGUGCACGAGCGGUGCGCGAUACACUCGGCUGCGUGUUUCCUCCGGCACCACCUCCAGAGAGAUACAGCGCGACCGCCACUGUGGACUCCGUGUCGACGAACUCUACGAUCGCGGAGGAGAGCGUGCAAAGUGUAGACGGCAAACGAGAAGAGGAAGAGACACAAACGGUAUAUUCAGCGCAGAUUCCCGUCGAAGCUGGUAUUGUGACCUCCACUACCCCUGCUAAUGCAGUGAUGGGUGCCACCGUUUCUCUCACGACUCCGAGCACUGUAGCGAAACCUGUGCAGGGGCUCGUGGCACGUCAGCUGAGCUUUGAUGAGGAGUGCGAAAGUGGCUCGGGCAAAGCGACCAAACAGAAUGGCUCGAUUGGUGAGGCGAGUACACAGGCGGUGCAGGUGCUGAGUGUGCAGCGGAUGUCGCCUUGCGCGUAG